AUGGAUAUUGUGGACACUUUUAACGUUUUAAUACCAAGUGACCAGUUGGACGACACGCUCAUCAUAGGUCAAAAUUUGGAAUGUGAAGCCAGUAAUGAGUUUGGACCAGGACUCUGCCUCGAAGAUUCUCUGAAGAACAUGCUGAGUGACACAGAUCCCAUGUUUGGAUGCGCAACUUCUCAGUUUAACCUGCUGGAUAAUGAGGACUCUGCUUUUACCAUUACAGGCUCAGCAGAUAUCAGUGGUGGUCCAACAUCCACUGGCCUCGGUGACAACCUGGCAGUAACACAGAUGAAUCCAGUCAGAAACAGAAAACCUGUAGGCAGACCCAGGAGACGUCCAUGUAAUGUACAACUCGAUACAGAUUCCAGUGAUGGUCAAGAGCCUGCCGAGAUUACCGAAGAAGCUUCACCUAGUGGACGACUGGCUGGAAGAAAACUUUGUAACAGGCUACAGAGGUCAUUUCUCAUAAAGAAAGGAGUUAAAGGCGUACAGUUGAAGAAAGAACUAACUCUGGGUGGACGCAUCAAUAUUAACGAUAUUGAGGGUGGAUUAUGGUUAAAACCUUCUGUUGUGUUGAAAAGGCUGACUGUCACCAUUGGAGGAUUCAAGAUUGAACUACUUCCUGGGCCAUCAUAUCUUCAGGAUUCCGAAGCCAAUUUUGACAGUAAUUUUUCCUAUGCUGCGGAUAUUGGGUAUUCCAUGUUGUCAGAUGAUGGCAUCUCCGCUCAGAAUCCUGUUCCGGAAGAAGUCACAGAUCAGGAUGUAACUGAGAAGAUGUGUGUUGAUGAUACACCACUUGGAUUAGGUCCUUAUGUCAACCCCAAUGAUGUUCAGGCAGCUAACGGGACACAAAUGAAAAUGUGCACUCAAGAAGCUAAAGAUGACAAUCAGAUUGUGGUGAAAAAGGAGAAGCAUGUCAAUGAUAGAAAAUGUGGUACUAAAUCGCCACCAGACAACAGUACUAGGGCAAGCAACAAAGUGGACAGUAAGGAAAAGAAACCAAUAAUAGCCAAAAACCAGCUGCAAUCCAAGCAACCAAUCAUUUCCAAUAAAAAAUGUGUGAUAAGUGAACAAAGCAGCAUGACUAAAAGAACUACUAUUUCCCAAAAUGUAACAUCCAAAGUUGUCCAUAGCAGUGACCUUCACAAAUUAAAGUCUCCGAAAGAGAGGAGAAGCAGCAGUGAACAUUUAAAAAGGCGGGGUGAAACCCCCCUCAGUGAACAUGCCUCAAAACACCCAAAGAUGCAAACAGGAGAUCCCAAAGUUAAGCCCUUCUCUCCUGUUAAGAAGGCGCCAUCUAGUGGUAGCCGUGUAGUUGAACAACACAGUCUGUCCAAACUCUCUCAUAACCUCAACGCUUUGAAAGCAGAUUCUUCAAACACCUCACAUGUCACCCGUCCGCUGCAUUGCUCCAAAACACCAGAGGAAGUAGCACAGGAGAAGCCUAAAAUGAAGAAGCCUGAAAAAAUCCUACAGAAGCAAAGGAGUAAAACUGCGAGAAGCAUCUCUUUGGAUGAGCCACAGCUGUUUAUCCCGGACAAUGCUCCGGUUGUAAAAAAAGAAAGUGUUGAGCAACAGGUGCAACACCAUCAAGAGGAACCUGCAAAUAGUGAGUCUGUGUGGGAUGGAAACAAUUGCUGUGGCCAGUGCAAGAAACACCACAACAAUAUGUUCAUGGUAGGCUGCGGCCGCUGUGAUGACUGGUUUCACGGUGACUGUGUUGGUCUUGAUCUGCUCAAAGUACGUGAGAUGGAAGAGGAGGACCAGAUGUACGUGUGUUUGAAGUGCUGUGAGGAGGAAAGCAAAAAGGUGGAGCUCGAAAACCCUGCCAAUCCCGCGGCAGAAAUCAAGACCGAAGUCCCUGCUCAUAAGCAGCCUCCGAAAGCCAAGCCCGGUGCUUCUGAUGAGCUGACAUCAGGGGGGGGCAGAUCUUUACGAAAGGAGCAAGGUAGAUCAUCAGCAGAUGUUAAAGAAACUCAUCAUAAAACAGGCAUUCAAUCGAAACUUGAGGCAAAAAGUAAAAGUGCAUCUUCCACUUCAAAAAAGCCCGCAUCGAUGGAGGAGAUCAGGCGCAGUGUGCGUGAUUCUUUGAAAGAAAUUCUUGUACAGAGGUUGAAGGAGUCUGAUUUGAAUGUCCCAGUAGAGAAAGCUUCUGAGGUUGCCAAGAAGACUGAAAGAGAACUUUUCUACAUGUAUAAAGAUACCGAAAACAAAUACAAGAACAAGUAUCGAAGCUUGAUGUUUAACCUAAAAGAUACUAAAAAUAAGGUUCUCUUUAAGAAGGUUCUCAAAGGAGAAAUAUCUCCUGCUAAUCUGAUCCGAAUGAGUCCUGAGGAACUGGCUUCUAAAGAACUGGCUGCCUGGCGGAAAAGAGAGAACCGACACACAAUAGAAAUGAUUGAAAAAGAGCAAAGAGAGGUUGAGAGGCGUCCAAUCACUAAAAUCACACAUAAAGGGGAGAUUGAGAUCGAGAGUGAAGAACCAGUGAAAGUACCUGAGCCUGUAGAGGUGCAGGUUGAGUCACCAGUCAAGGUCCCAGAAGUGCCAGAAGAGCCUCCGAGUGCCCCGGAGAAGCUUGCAGAGAGCACUGAGACUGAGAAAGACACUACCAACAAACACAAGUCUCAUUUAUUUGACCUCAACUGCAAAAUCUGUACAGGCCGCAUGGCACCCCCGGUGAAAGAGGCACCCACCAAAGUGGUCAAAGUUGCUACUACAGUGGCUAAGCGACUGUCUUCCAAAAGCGAGGAGUCAUCGCCCACUGUUGAAGAUGACCUGCACCUCGCCGUUUUAGAGGAGAGCUUUCAGAAGGCUCACACCACCUAUGAUCAAAAAGCUGAUCAUGCAGCUGGCCAAGAUGAGGAAAUAACGUUCCUCUCCUGCCUGAAAUCCCUGUGGCGAGGUUUCCUUACUAUGAACUCUGUGGCCAAACUUGUCACAAAAGCUUUCCCUGUGUCAGGCAUUAUGGAAAACUUGACUGAGGAUCUCCCUGACAGUAUUCAGGUUGGCGGGCGGAUAAGCCCGCAGACUGUGUGGGACUACUUGGAGAAGAUACGUGCUACAGGAACUAAAGAAGUGUGCCUGAUUCGCUUCUCCCCUGUAACUGAGGAAGAUGAGAUUUCCUACACUCUCCUAUAUGCUUACUUCAGCAGCAGGAAGCGCUUUGGAGUGGUGUCAAACAACCGCAAACAAGUGAAGGACAUGUAUCUCCUUCCUUUAGGUGCUACUGAAAAAGUGCCACACCAGCUUGUGCCUUUCGAUGGACCAGGUCUGGAAAACAACCGAGUAAACCUUCUCUUGGGCCUUAUAAUUCGUCAGAGGCCGAAAAUUGAUUAUCUUCCCGUUGACAUCAACAAACCCACGAGAAUGUCUCCUGAAGUCCAGCCCGUCCCAAUUCCUGUCCAUGAAACUCCUACAGAAGAAGAAGAUGAAAAACUAUUCCUGGCGUCCUUGACUACUCCCAAUAAAAGCGAGAAGGAUAAAUUACGAGAGACUGAAGAUGCUACAGAGGAGCCCAUCACAGAAUCUUUUGAAGAACCGUCUGCUGUGGAAAACAGCGGUCAGGACUCCCUUAAGCCCUUGCGAUUUCUUCCAGGUGUGUUACUUGGCUUGGGUGGACAUCUCCCGCCGCUGCCAGAUUUUGGAGGAAAGCCUCUUGAUGACACAGGCAAAGACCAACCCGCUAAGAAAACACUUGCGAAGAAAAAAGAAAUGCCAUCCAGCGAGAGCUCCGAGGGUCCAGAUGUUACCGUUGCCACUGCUGCGCCUCGAGAACGCUUUGUCAUCAAGAAAAAAGAAGUCAAACCUGUCCAAGCUGAACCACAGUCAACCAGCCAGGCGGACGUUGCAAACACAUCACCAGGAAAAGAUGCUGAGGCCGCACCUCGAGGUCCCCCUGUCUCCCUGAGAGAUAAACCCCCGGAUGUUUCCACAGAAGCGUUCUUAGAAAGCUUGGCAAAGUGUCAAAAUGAGAGUGAAACAACCAGCGUUGAUACCAUCAAGAAAAAUGACACUGCACUUCUCCCAGAUUCAGACAAAAUCAAGUUGGAAUCGCAGGUGGUGUCAGAUCACACAAAUACAGCCAAACCUCUAAGUGGGAUAUUGAAAAAGAUUUCCACCUUUUCAAACGUAACUGAAAACAAAGCCAGUGAAAGUAGCCACGUUGCCCCUGUGGAUACUAAACACACUUUUGCGUUGAGUGCCAGUAAAAAUCGGUCAGUUACAACAUUUCAUCAAGGCUUUUUACAGAUGUCUCAGACCAAACACAAGCUUAAGGAGCAUCAAGAUCCCGCAGAAGUCCAUCUGAGAGACACUGUAACUCAGGCAGGAAACCCUUCUGCAGUCCAACAAGAUGCAGAGACAGUGCCAGCUGUCCCAGCAUGCAACACUGCUGCACCCGUCCACGAUCAGCAGCACCAGCCUCACGUACCCGGCAGCAACCACGAUCCAUCUGUUCUGAACUCCUACAACAACUCGUACGUCCAGGAGCAGAACCACAACACGCCACAGGCACAGGAGAGCGAUUUAGUCACAGCACACGUUGAGGGUCUCUCCCAACCAGCUAGCCAGCUUUCAUCGGAGGCCAAAGAGGAAGUCCAGGAGGAGCUCUACACCUACCGUCACCCGUGGGAGGAGAGGGAGCAGUACAGCGAGGAAAGGGAAGAGCACCACGAGAGGCAAAGCCACCGAAGAGACUCGCACCACGGUAAGAAGAGCAGGCACCACCACGACAGGGAGCGCAACAGGAAGCACGGCUACAGCGACAAGCACAGAGACAGGAACAGGCACCACAGAUAUUCGGAGGACCACUACGGUGAAAAGCGGAAAGAGCGAUACUGUAGCGACGACCACAGUGGCCGCCACAAGGAACGCCACAGACACCGGCGGGACUCAGACUAUGAAAAUGGGCGAAGGAGCUCAAGAGACAGUUAUUUGUAA